CAAGAUACUAUUUUCCGACCGCACACUUACUUUUGAUUUUGGAGAAAUGUUCUAAUCCUCUCUCUCUCUUUCCUCAGAAACAAAGAAGAAACAUUGCACAGUGAGCAAUUUAUAAGACUAGUGACUAAAUAUUGGAAAAAAGAAAUGAAUGGUGUCACUGCCCUUGGACCAGAUCAGGCUGAAUUUGUUGAAGUUGAUCCCACCGGAAGAUAUGGAAGAUACAAUGAAAUUCUUGGCAAAGGAGCUUCAAAGACAGUUUACAGAGCUUUUGAUGAGUAUGAAGGGAUUGAAGUUGCUUGGAAUCAGGUAAAGCUCUAUGAUUUUCUGAGAAGUCCUGAAGAUCUGGAGAGAUUGUACUGUGAAAUUCAUCUGCUCAAGACCUUGAAACACAGCAACAUCAUGAAGUUCUACACUUCUUGGGUUGACACUGCCAAUAGGAAAAUAAACUUUGUGACAGAAAUGUUCACAUCUGGUACUCUUAGACAGUAUAGGCUGAAACACAGGAGAGUUAAUAUUAGAGCAGUAAAGCAUUGGUGUAGGCAAAUCUUGAAAGGCCUUCUCUACCUCCAUAGCCAUGACCCUCCUGUGAUCCACAGAGAUCUCAAAUGUGACAACAUUUUUGUCAAUGGCAACCAAGGGGAAGUCAAGAUUGGUGACCUCGGCCUUGCGGCAAUCCUCCGUAAAUCCCACGCAGCUCGCUGUGUUGGAACACCAGAGUUCAUGGCUCCAGAGGUGUAUGAAGAGGAAUACAAUGAACUAGUAGACAUAUAUGCAUUUGGAAUGUGCGUUUUGGAAAUGGUCACCUUUGAGUAUCCAUAUAGUGAAUGCAACCAUCCUGCUCAGAUCUACAAGAAAGUGAUCUCUGGUAAAAAGCCAGAUGCACUUUACAAAGUUAAUGAUCCUGAGGUGAGGCGAUUUGUUGAGAAAUGUUUAGCGGCUGUUUCUGACAGGCUCUCUGCUAAGGAGCUUCUGAAGGACCCUUUUCUCCAAGUUGAGGAUUAUGGAUCCGAUUUGUGGCCAUUAGAGUAUUACAGAGAUUUGGAUGAAAUAGUCCCUAAGCUAAGACCACCUCUUUUACAAGUUCAUCAUAGUAAUGGCUCUUUAAUCAAUGGUUACUCCAAUUAUCUUGGCUAUGAACUGGAGAGUCAAUUGGACUACCAUUCAAUAGAGUACGAAGCAAAUGAGAUCGGUCUAUUCACAAGUCAAGAAGAUGAGCAUUUGGGAAGUGUUGGCAUCACCAUCAAAGGGAGGAGGAGGGAAGAUGAUGGUAUCUUUUUGAGGCUCAGAAUUGGAGAUAAAGAAGGUCGUGUCCGAAAUAUCUACUUCUUUUUUGACAUUGAGACUGAUACAGCUAUAAGUGUUGCUGCAGAAAUGGUGGCGGAGUUGGAUAUCACAGAUCAAGACGAGACUAAGAUAGCAGAUAUGAUCGAUAGUGAAAUUGCUACCUUGGUACCCGAAUGGAAGAGUGGACUAGCCAUAGACAAUAGUCCUGAUUACCUAUCUAAUGGUUUUUGCAACCAUUGUGCCUCAAAUGGUUCUCUCAUGCACCAUUUAUCCUCAAACAACCCGGGCGCCAAGCACCUGCAAGUUCUUCACUGUUCUAGACAUGGAUGUGCUGCUGUACACGGCCGCUUUGAAGAGAUCACAUACCAACUUGAAGGGUCUGAACAGUGUGCAACAGAAGGUGCACCCAUGGGGUCAAGCCAAUCCGAUGGCAUGCACUAUACUGAUAUUUGGGGGCAACAUGAUGGACCUGAAUUAAGCUCACAAGGAUCCAGAGCUAAUCAGUCUGUUGAGGACGACGAAUCAUAUGACCAAUCAACAUGGGGAAGCGAUGAGAGAAUUAUCAAUAUCAACAAAGAGAGCAAGCCUAAUGAACGAGACUCUCCCUCUGCAAAUCCUUCAGCAGCUCAUAAACUAGCCGAGGAUUAUGAGAAUGAGAUAAGGCAGGAAUUGAGAUGGCUCAAGGCCAAGUAUCAAAUGCAGUUGAGGGUGCUUAGGGAUCAACAAUUGGGUGUCAUAUCAAAACCUUCUAGUUUAAACCUCAACUCUGAUAGCCAAGAACACAGGAAAGAUAAAUUGUUGUCGAUUUCAUCUCCAUUGAAAGAGAAGGAUGAUGAAGUUGUUCAAUUAAAAUCUUUUGCCUCUGGGAGGCAUUUCACUUUGUAUUUUCCUCCUGAUGCUGACAAGAAAUUUGCUAACCAGAGGUUCCGAAAUUAUGAGGCAGCCUAUGGGUCUUGUAGUCCAGAGCAUAUGUUCACUGCAAAGAGUUUCUAUACAAGGGGGCUCACUCCACACUCACUUCACAGGGCUACUUCUCUUCCAGUUGAUCCUGUAGAUUUCUGA